CGAAGAGGGUAAAAAAGCAAAGAAACUUAGAAAGAAGAGAACGAAGAGACGAAUUGAAACUCCGACGAAGUCACGUGACUUCGGAUUUCGCGUUUCUGCAAAAUUAAAGAAAAUUUCAAACUCCGCCAAAAUGGAGUUUGAAACUCCGCUCAAACAACGAAGUCACGUAACUUAUGGGAAUUUGAAUUCCCACAAAAAUGGUCGGUGA